AUGAAAAGGCACGUUGUGUUGGCGAAGCCUUUCUCGUUGGAAGAUGAGAAAGAUUCUGAAAACACUACUUCAAAUCUCAUCCAACGGAUCUUAAGCCUCUUCAAAAACGUACGGCCAGGAUCCGAUCUCACUAAUUUUCAGCUUCCACCUCAAAUGAACAUACCAAGAUCGCAGCUCCAAUGCUAUGGCGAGAUGGUUUACAGUUUCAAUGGUCAGGAUCUACUCGGAGAGUGUUGUCGCCGUGAACAACCGAUCGCACGCCUCAAAUCGAUGGUAACGUGGAACAUCUCAACUCUCCGGCCAUUGAUCUUUGGUAUGGCUCCGUACAAUCCUAUCAUCGGCGAAACUCACCACGUCUCUCAUGGUCACAUCAACGUUCUCGCAGAGCAAAUAUCGCAUCAUCCACCAGUGUGUGCUCUUCAUGCAACUCACGAGAAAGAAAACAUAGACGUAAUGUUUUGUCAAUACUUCACACCUAAAUUUCGUGGUGCUUACGUGGAAGUGGAAGUGAAAGGCAAAAGAGUGGUGAAACUUCUAAACCAAGGAGAGACUUACGAAAUGAACAACCCGAAACUUCUAAUGACGUUUCUGCCGGCGACGGGAGCUCACUGGGCCGGAAAAAUCGGGAUAAAGUGUCCGGAGACCGGACUCGAAGCUGAACUUCAACUACCUUCCGAUUCUUUUUUCAGUCGAUUCUCAGGAAACAACAAGAGAGCCAUUAAAGGCAAGAUCUUUGAAUCUUCUUCUAGGAAACAACUCUAUGAAAUCUUUGGACAUUGGGACAGAACUGUUACCGCGAAAAAUCUGAAGACUGGAGAGCUUGAGGUUAUAUACAAUGCGAGCGAAAACAUUGCAAAGCUCAAAACUCCUAUAGUCAAGAAUCUGCAGGAGGUGAGUGAGACUGAGUCUGCGAUGGUGUGGAGUAAGGCGAGUGAAGGAAUUAUGAGCACAGAUUGGGAGAAAGCAAGAGAAGGCAAGAGAUAUGUUGAGGAGAGACAGAGAGAGUCUUCGAGGCAAAGAGAGGUUUCUGGACAAUCGUGGACUCCAAAGCAUUUCUCUGUUGUUCGAGCUGGUAAGGACUGGGACUGUGUUCCUCUACAGCCUUCGGUUCCAAAAGCUCCUAUCGUUGUUCCUCUCUGA